AUGAAAAAUGUAUCAACAGAUGGCUCUGACGACUUCCUUCAAGGUUAUUUGCGAACACGACAAAUAUUCUGUGAAAAACCGCUUUGCGUACUUGUCGACGGCUUCCAGUAUGCCGGGCGACAUAAAAAAUGGCUUCAAAAUACAUGGUCGUCCAACCUAAAUGACGAGGUAUGCAUCUUGGAGGACGAGGAUCACUAUAGCAAUGACGGAAAUGCAACUGAUCAAGAUCAAACCCAAGUCAAAAUCCUCUACUUUCUUAGUCAUUUCCACUCUGAUCAUUACACAGGAAUCGUCCGCGGGUGGAAACACGGAUUGAUUUUUGGCAGCCGCCCAACAAUCGCGCUACUACAGCUGAAAUUCGGUGUUCCCGCUUCACAGCUGUGUGUGUUGGACAUCGGAAAAGAGCAUGUGUUUUUGCUUUCCAAUGGAGAUUACCUUGGCGAAUACGAUGCCAACGCAGAUGGUUAUCCGGGUGGGCGCCCCAAUUCCGAGGUCUUCACGGUAUUUCUGAUCCCAGCCAAUCAUUGCCCUGGGGCGGUGAUGUUUGUGUUCAAAUCUCACCGCUUCGGCACAAUUAUUCACACAGGGGAUUUCCGUUUUAACGGUUCCGAGGCCGCGUGGCGAGCAGCGGCAGCCCCUUCCUUAUGUUCUUUUCCAUCGUCCAAGGCCUCUAUGGAGUCCACCCCGAAUCCCCUAUCGAAGCAAAUCAGCGUAAAGCUGCCGUUCUACGAGCAAUUCAUUGAGGACGACGCGUAUCUUCAGGCCGUCCGGGGGAAUGUGGAGACGCUAUUCCUUGACAAUACGUUCUGUGAUCCCUCCUUCAACUUCCCUAGCCAGUAUAGUGUAACCCAGCACGCGGUGGAAGCAUUACAAGAACUACUUCUGCAGAAAGCAAAUCGUUUGAACGCGGCGGCCGUGUGCAGCAGUUCAGCGCAGCUGAACGAGAGUAAUACGAACUUGGAUGAGGUUCACUGUGCGGUACUGGUUGGAACCUAUUCCAUUGGCAAGGAGCGAGUUGCAUUUGCCCUACAAGAGCACUUUCCCCUAUUAGAAGCUUCAACAGAGGAAGGGCAAGCAAGGCCGUUUGUACCGAUUUAUGCGACCGAGCGCAAAUACUCCGCAUUGACGGCGAUGGCAUAUCACGAAGAGCGCUUUGUGAACCUACACGGCACGAGCUCAUCCUCUGAAACAUGUGAAACAACCUCGGAUGGAUCGCCAAUAGGUGGAUCCUCGCUUCCAGAUGGGCCUGAGGAUUCGGAACCUGAGGAGGAGCUCGUUCUCGUCCGGCCAUCGGACUACGAGAUCCGACUUCCGACGAAAAGCCCCCCACCAGGGAACAAUCAUGGCAACAACCCCACUGGCAGAUCGGAGGUUCGCUAUUUCCUCUCCAUUUUCCUCGUGCCGUUCGGCUCCGUUUCUUACCAGGCGCUAGCACGCGCUUGUGGACGACCGAUUAAACAACGCCGUUCCAGUGAGAUGAAAAGCAAAAGAAGCUCGAAAAUCGAUAAAAAAAUGUCUAGUAACAGUCUGCUAGGCCUCGGCGAAGGCCUUGGAAUAGAUCUAACUUCAUAUAACAUGGUCCUGGCGCUCGACCCCAGCGGAUGGAAUAAAAAAUGUCGCCUCCAUCGCGUUCAUGAGGAUCAUGUGUGGGUGCUGAAAAUGCCUUAUAGUGAGCACUGCAGCUUUUCUGAGCUAUUGAGCUUCGUGAAGCUUGUCAACCCUCGCCGGGUGAUUCCAACGGUCUCCCUUAGGCAAUACCGUGCACACGAAUCGUUGUUUGUGGAAAAUGCGCCGCGUCUUUCGACGCGCUUUUCCAAUACCCAGCCGAUUUCUCGCUUUUUCCGCCCAAACGGUAGUGCGGUUGAGCAUCCAUCAACAAAUUUGAUACCAACGCAUCAAUACCUAACGAAGUUAAAGGUAGGCAAGGAUAGUAAAGUAAAACAAGAAACCCUUUUUAGCCAUUUUUCGGUGCUAAAGCCGCUCGUCACAACUUUUAAGGAGCAAUGUUCAAAGCUCGUCAGGAAGGCAACUUGCAUGAGUCGUCCACGUAUCUUGAAUGAACACAUCGCUUUUGAAACGAUAGCAUCCCCGAAGGAGGAGCUGAAGUCGCAAAAACAUCCCCACAACGGGGGGGAUAUUUCCACUAGGGAUGCUAAGGAGAAUUGCAUGAAUUCAAAAGAGAGUUUAGACAUUGUCGAGAUUAGCGACGACGAUGAAAGUGUUGAUGAGAUUAUGCAGUGUGCUCAAAAGGUGCGGACUUAG